AUGAUUAUUGCUUACUAUUUCCCAGAAAGGUAUCGUGCGAUGAAACAGCAAACUCUAAUGAGAGACACGCACACAUUCCGCUCUAAAUUAACCAUCUCGAGAAGUUGGAGGGAAGAAGAAACAAACCGCGCUCUUUUGAUGACAACGAUUAUGAAGGGUGAAGGCCAAUGCCUCAAGGAUCAUGGACAUGAUGUUACCCUCAAUGGAAAGAAGGUACAUGGUCUCCAAGAAGCCAAGGCAUGCAUAGAUAAUUGA